ACUGGCGCAAUCCGAACAUUUUGUGGAAGAAAAGCUCCAUUCUAGCUGCCGAGCCUUUCACAGUUGCCGAAUACGACAAAUUUCACAAUGAAGCAACAGGAAGUGACCAUUUCCACACUGCUAUCGCCCCAGUGCUAACCAUGUCCCAACUGUUUGGGGUAUUUCCCCUGCAGAGUGUCCGGAAUCGCGCUCCCGAAAGUAUGACGUUCCGAACGGUCUCCGUGACCUGCGUCGUCAGCGCUAUUUCCAUCUUUGGCGGAUACGCCAUUUCACUGCUCAGUUUGAUUCGUCAAGGCCGAGCCUUAAACGCCAUCAAUAUCGCAGAGCCCUUCUUUUUCAGCAUCUGUGCCACGAGUUCGGUAAUAUUUUGGCAAAUGGCCAAACAGUGGCAAGCCAUCAUCGUUACGUGGUCCCGAACGGAGCGAAAAUUUCUGCACCAUCCGUUUCGCAAAACGGUCCUAAAGUGGAAAAUCCGAUCCGUGGCCACGGUGCUCCUUUUGUUGGCAUUCGCUGAACAUCUUCUUUCCGUGGCCAACAACGUUAGCAAUUUGCGGAGGGAGGUUGACUACUGCAACUGGACGAUUCGGGAUCCGGUCAAGUUCUUCUGCGUAAGGACGUUUAGCACCGCGUUCCAUACCGUUGCGUACAGUCUACCAGUUGCGGCAUACAACGAGUACAUCAUCAUAUCGAUGACGUUCGUGUGGAACUUUGUCGAUCUGUUCAUCAUGCUGGUCAGCAUCGGCAUUUCGGCCCGAUUCGAUCAACUCCGAGAUCGCGUCUUUGAGCGCAUGAACAGCCGGACUCCGACGACCGAACACUUUUGGGAGCAAAUUCGAAUCCUGUACGUAGCGCUGUGCGAACUGGCCGGGACCAUCAAUCGUGCCAUCAGCAAGCUGGUGUUUGUGUCGUACGCGAAUGAUACCUACUUCAUAUGUUUGCAAAUCAUGAACGCCAGCCAGGAACAACCGUCGGCGGUCAACAAGGUGUACUUUUGCUACUCGUUUGUGUACCUGCUGCUGCGGACGUUUCUCAUGUUCUGGUACAGCUCAGAAGUGCAGCACGCGAGUCACGCCACGUACCGGUUGAUUCUGCGGGUGCCCAACGAGGAGUACUGCGACGAGCUGCAACGGCUGCAGAUGUACUCCAAGUGCGGUGCUAGUCUCAACGGCAUGGGCGUAUUCUUCGUGUCGAGGCGGAUUCUGCUGACGCUGACCGGAACGAUUAUCACCUACGAGCUGGUAAUGCUGUCAUACCGGAAGGAUUCAUCGGAACAGCAUUCCAACAAUCCGUCUUGCGAUCCAUGCAUGACGUUCCGAACGGUAUCCGUGACCUGCGUCGUCAGCGCUAUUUCCAUCUUCGGCGGAUACGCCAUGUUGCUGCUCAGUUUGGUACGUCUAGGUCGUGACCUGAACGCCAUCAACGUUGCCGAGCCUAUCUUUUUUGGAAUCUGUGCCACGAGUUUGGUCAUAUUCUGGCAACUGGCCAAACAGUGGCAAGCCAUCGCCGUUGCGUGGUCCCGUACGGAGCGAACCUUUGUACGGUAUCCGUUCCAUAAAUCGAACCUGAAAAGGAAAAUCCGUUUUGUGGCCGCGGCGCUUCUUCUGAUGGCUCUCGCUGAACAUCUUCUUUUCGUUGCCAACAACGUCAGCUAUAUGCUUAAGGAGAUCGACUACUGUAACUGGACGAUACCAGAUCCGGUCAUGUUUUUCUUUGCAAAGACGUUUACCACAACGUUCCAUACCUUUGCGUACAGUCUACCAAUUGCUAUCUACAACGAGUACAUCGUCAUAUCGAUGACGUUCGUGUGGAACUUUGUCGAUCUGUUCAUCAUGCUGAUCAGCAUAGGCAUUGCGGCGCGAUUUGAUCAGCUACGGGACCGCGUCUUUGACCGCAUCAACAGCCGGACACCGACGACCGAACACUUUUGGGAGCAAAUCCGUAUCCAGUACGUGGCGUUGUGCGAACUAGCCGGAACUAUCAAUCGUGCCAUUAACAAGCUGGUGUUUGUAUCCUACGCCAACGAUACCUAUUACAUCGUGUUGCAAAUCAUGAACGCGAAUCAGGAGCAACCGUCGGUGGUCAAUAAGGUGUACUUUUGCUAUUCUUUCGCGUAUCUUCUGCUGCGGACAUUUCUCAUGUUCUGGUACAGUGCACAAGUCGAACACACGAGUCACGGGACGUUCCGGUUGAUUCAGCAGGUACCCACCGCAGAAUACUGCGACGAGCUGCAACGGCUGCAGAUGUACUCCAAGUGCGGUGCUAGCCUCAACGGCAUGGGCGUAUUCAGCGUUUCGAAGCGGAUUGGGUUGACGCUGACCGGAACGAUUAUCACCUACGAGCUGGUACUGCUGUCCUACCGGGAAGGCUCAUCUGACCAACACUCCACCACCGUUUCAUCAAAGAACAGGUCUCCGUCCAGUGCAAUGGACUCUCUGAACAACGCCCUGCGGCCAGUGUUUGUCGUGUUUCAGCUAAUGGGCAUGUUUCCCGUAGGUGGAAUUCUUCAACGGAGUCCCAUUGGUUUGCGGUUCAGGUGGCUCUCGGUGCAGUUUCUCUUUACCCUAAUCCUAAUAAUUGUCGGACUGGUAAUGGUCUACAUCGAGUACGAACGGCUGGAGCGGAUUGGAGCAAACGCAAAUAAUACUAUUGGGAUACUGUUCUACGUGGACACCGUACUGAUCAUGGCUUUACUCGCCAAUCUGGCCCGCAAGUGGCGCCCGUUGGCUCUAGAGUGGGAACGCGUUGAUCAAGAGUUUCUCGCAAAAGAAACUGGUGAAGCUAAACGAAGCCUCCGAAAGGCUGUAUGGUUCACUUCUGGUGUAAUGAUCGUGUGCGUGGAGCACCUCCUCUCGAAAACGGCCGACAUCAUCAACCAAUCCCACGAAGCUAAAUUCUGCAACUGGGAGAUCCAAAGCUUCGCGCACUACUUUGCAUCCCGUCACUACGCGUUCAUCUUCAAGCACAUCCCGUUCAACCUACCCGUGCUCGCCUUCUUCGAGUACUGCAACGCUGCCCUAACAAUGGCCUGGACCUGUCAGGACCUUCUCAUCAUCCUAAUCAGCAUGGCCCUGUCGCACCGUUUCCGUCAAAUCUACGCCCAGGUUCAACCAUUUAGCAGUGGUAUCGUCAUUGCCGCUGAAAAGUUUUGGUCCGACAUCCGGGCCCAGCACACACUGCUUGGUCAGCUGGUGCGCGACACGAACCGUUUGCUAGCUCCGCUGAUCAUCGCAUCAUGCGGCACCAACCUGUACCUGAUCUGCUUUCAACUCCUCAACAUAUCCAAAAGGCAGGAAAGUCUCGCUUCUAGCGUUAACCACUGGUUCGCGCUGUGCUAUCUGAUCGUGAAGACGACCCUGGUGUUCUACCAUACCGCCAUGGUCAACGAAACGGCCCGAGCGCCGCUGGCCAUCUGCCGUCGCAUUCCCAACAUUGGCUGGUGUCUGGAGCUGGAACGGUUAGUAGAUCAGCUGCGCAACGAGAGGGUUUCACUGUCCGGGAUGGGAUUCUUCCAUCUCACCAAACGGACGAUGCUGGCGAUGGCCGGAACGGUGGUUACCUACGAGUUGGUGAUGCUGAAGUUUGCCGAAGACACCGAAGGGAUUGGUGACGUGAAGCCGUGCUCGCGGUUGGCUUUCUCCAAGGACACUUAAAAAUGAUUUGGUUCGAAAAGAAUUAUUAUCAAAUAUC